AUCCCUUCCCCAUUUUCUCUUCCAUUUUCAAUCGAGAGAGAGAGACAGCGAGAGAGGAAUAGGGUUUUAGCUCGGUCUAUGCAAAUGGAAAAUUUGACGAUACUCGACACCGGAACCGCCGCCGUUGCAGGUAAUAAAUUGAAAGGGGAGAUUAUGGAAAAUGGGUGUUCAAUGGGUAAUGCAUCGAGGAAAGGGCUUACUGACAUUUCCAACUUAAAGCAGCAGCCUGAAGUGUUGAAUCAAUGUGCAAAGCUGCUGCUGCAACCUGAUUCUCUUGGGACUAAAGAAUUCAUCGACAAGCUUCAACAGGAAAAUAUGAUCCUGAUGAAAGUUAUUGCAGAUCGAAAUAAAGUUAUCAAAUUGAGUGGGAUUGAGUUACAGAAACUGAGAAUCAAUUUGGAGAAGUUUCAGCAACAGAACCUAAAACUUGCACAAGCAAACAGCCAGAUGUUAGCGGAACUUAAUUUAAGCAAAGAUAUGCUAAAAGCCCUUAAGCAUGAGCUGGGAUGUAAAAAUGCUGUGCUCGAAGCAAUUAAAUCAGAGUUUGGAACAAACAAGGGUGGCAUGGAAGUUGAAUCACAUAAAGAAGAUGGAGACGGUAAACCUUGUAAUGUGAACAGGUGUAGCAAGGCAGAUGAAUCGCAUGAAGAAGAUCAAGGAGAAGAUAAACAUUGUAAUAUGAACAGGAAGCGGCAAUCAUACUGUCUUGGCCCUUCUAAUGUUGAACCAGUCCAAGUCAAGGAAUUGGUCAAGAACAAAAGCAGGGUGUGUUUAAGAAGGCAAUCUGCUAGGAGUAAAACACAAGAACCAGAAACAACUGAAGACGUAUUCGAGGUAGAUGAUCCAAAAUUUCUUGCUUCUUCUACCAGUGAUGAUAAGGUUCUUGAGUGUGGCCCUUCUAAUAUCAAACCAGUCAAAGCCAAGGAGGGGAUCGAAAACAAAAGCAAGUUAUGUUCAAGAAGACAAUCUGUUAGGCAUAAAUCCCAAGAACCAGAAGCAACUGAAUACGUAUUUGAGGUAGAUAAAACGAGAUUUCUUGUUUCUUCAACCAGUGAUGAUAAGGUGUAUGAGAGUGGCCCUGAUAUCAAACCAGUCCAAUCCAAGGAGGGGAUUGGCAACAAAAGGGCGUGUUUAAGAAGACAAUCUGUUAGGUUUAAAGCACAAGAACCAGAAACGAAUAAAGAUGUGUUUGAGGUAGACCAUACGAGAUUUCUCGUUUCUUCGACCAAUGAUGAUAAGGUGAACGAAAGUGGCCAACUGUCAUCUGAUGAUUCAUCAAUCAAAAGUGAACACAACGAAGGAAAUAUGACAGUUUCAUCUAGAACUGAAGCUCAAGAACUCAGAAGGAUAUCUGGGGGAAGGCCUUUACGAAGAGCAGUCGAGAAGGUCCAGUCCUACAAGGAAACGAAGCUUAAUGUGAAGAUGCGCAGGGAAGAGUGAGUGAGUUCAUUCUCU